AUGGAGCACGACUGGCAACUUGUGUCGCGUCGCAGAUGUCGUCGUCGUCAAUGUCCUUCGCUGCACCUGUCAUCAAAGGCGAUUUCCAGAGCAGUCAACGACGAAGAGGUGGGGGCGACGCUGGCCGAAGUGUCGCCUGCAAAGCAGCUCCAAAUCAUUCAGCGCGUACGUGCUAUUGCCGACGACAACCUGAGAGAGUCGGUGCUGCUCAAGGACGCGCUGCGAUCGAUCGGUAAGCAGUUCCACUCGACUACAGCUCCGACGUCACUCGGCAAAGACGCGGAAGAUCAGGAGGUGAAAGACGAGCGACUGGUGGUCGUAGGCUAUGGACUCGGAAGCUUCUGCGCGUCGGCCAAUGCAGUGCACCAGUUGGGGUUUCUCGUGGCUUUGAUGGAUGCAUUAAACAACGAGUGCAGACGAACUACCAGUGCUGAAGACUGUGCAAACUCUGGAGAGGUACAGCCUACAGCCGAGAUCUUCGACCCAGCCAUGAACAAGAGUGACGCAAGUAUCGCCGAGCAGCUCGGGCUGAGCGUGAUCCGGGAGAACGAACAUGGGCGACGACGCGUCGUGUGCAACACGGUGUUUUUUAUGCCUCACUGUGCGAAAGUGCUGUACGAAAACGUCCUCGCUUGCAACUGGGGUCCUGCUGUCAAGCAGCUCGUGAUCAUCGGCAACAGUUUUUCAGCGUACGGAGACCGCGUGCUUGCAGGUGACGGGCGUCGACAACUCUUGCUCGAGAAAGUUUUGCCCUAUCUGGAAGAAGUGCACUUGUCGUGUGGAGUGACCAAGCAGCACGAGAACUUUGCAUGCUACGAGGCGGCCUUCAAUGACCUCAGCGUGCAUCGAUUUCCACCUGAAUUGCUGGGCAGUGCACUAGCCAGCGACUUGGACCUCAUCGCGAGGAUGGCUGCUGUAGCAAGUUCCGCCGAAUCGAAAGAGCUCGACGCCUGA